AAAAACUCUUUAAAAAAAAAGAAUAAUAAAACAAUAAAAUUAAAAAAAAAAAAUCGCUGAAAAAAAAAUGUACAUAAAAAAAUAUAGAAAAAACGCUACAAUGGGCAACAUUGUUCGAUGGUUCGAUCGAACAUCAAUGCGUGGGCAGAGAAUAAACAAUGCAACGCAUACCCUUUACACACAUUUACUACACACACUCCACACAGUUUAUAUUAGUCAGCGCGUGCGUAACUAAGAAGUGCGGACGAAACAAGUGCGACAAGAAAAAAAAAAUAAUAGUAAAACACAACAAUUGGAAAAAAAAGUAUUUACACAAACAAGAACAUUAAAUUAACACAAGCGUGCGACAAUUUAAUGGAGUUUCAGUGCGACUUCCCAUGUCGUAACCGAACUCAGAAAGGCCCAGUCUACGUCCUCGUGUGUGUAGUAGAUAGAUGUGUGUCCUAAUGUUCUGUGUUUGUGGAGAGGAAGAAAACAAAGAAAGGGAUGCUUUGUUAUUUAUUUUUAGAUGAAGAAUCAAGAUUAUUUACGCCAUGGUGACAUCAUUACAAUCUCCGAUGACGAGAGCAUCCUACAGGACCCUACGGAAGAGGACAUGCCCUCGUCCCAGGUCACCGUGCGGUCGGAGAUGAGCUUGCUCACUGAAGCGGAAACUGGUGGAUAUGACCCCGAUGAGCAGCUGUCCUGUUCGCAGACCACGGAGUCAUCCCAACCCGAGUGGGAGUCGAGGGUCUGGAUGGAAGCGCGAAUAGACCGCUACAUCCGGCGCCGCCCGAAGUACCGUCAGUACAUUGCACAAUUAUGUGUUACCUGGACGGUGGAGGCGUCGGAUAGUGAGGGCGAGGAUCCAGACCCGCUGGUAGAGUUUCCCGUGUCUCCCAAAAGGAUGGCGUUAAUGGACGGCUGCGCCAGCCCACCACGGGAGGAGGAGGCCCAGGAUCCGCUGCUGCCGACCGACGGUGACGAGCUUCGCUUAAGCGGCUUUGAGGAGGAUGCGCUUUCCCUAGGCGACAUAAGUCUGGGAAGCCUUGAAGAGGCAUUCCACCAGGCAAUGGCACAACCCAAUGGUUCCCCAGUCACGCCUCCCCGAACGUCCCCAUCUCCACCAGUCAGUGCAGAACCGGAUUUCCCGCUCGAGGUUGACGGGGAGCAGCAACUACCGGCGGAGAUUAUGAUAGAAAUCGCUGCAGCGGUAGAAAAACGGAAAAAAGUGUGUUUCCGACGGGACGUAGGGGGAAAGUCGUAUCGAAUACGUGUCUCGGCGUCUGGGAAUGUUACCGUCCGUUGUCUACCGGGAAGAAAGAAGGGAGUGUAAGGACCCAAAAUGUUGCCAUUUUGAACCCCACAAUUUCUUCUAUUGUAGUUUUUGAAAUAAAUACAUAAAAUGUCUA